AUGAAAAACCUCAAAGAUUUCAAUCUAGGCAUGGAGUGGCAACGGCACCACAAAAGUAGCAGUUGUGACUGUAGGGGUGGCAACGGCGACUGUAGGAGUUACAACCAUAAGGGCUGUAGUGAGGACCGCAAGAGCGGUGACGACAACGAUAACAAUCAACAUAGGUGCGACAACAACAAAGGCGAAUGCAAAGUGCGACAAUCCUAUUAUGUUCAACUUGGAAACUUGAUAGAGUAA